AUGGCGGCGCCCAUGCUGCGGUGCCUUUCUCGCGGCCGGUGGUUCGGUACAACUGACUCCUUAGCAGUCUUGCCCCUGGGGUUGCGUAAGGCCCACUCGGGCGCUCAGGGAUUGUUGGCAGCACAAAAGGAACGGGGCCUAUUCAAGGAGUUCUUUCCGGACCGAAGUACGGAGAUAGAGCUCCCAGAACUCUUCGACCGUGGCAGGACGGGCCACUCCCCCCAGACUAUCUACUGCGGCUUCGACCCCACGGCCGACUCGCUUCACGUGGGGCAUCUGCUAGCGCUUCUAGGUCUGUUUCACUUCCAGCGAGCCGGCCACAAUGUGAUAGCGCUGGUGGGAGGCGCCACUGCGCGCCUGGGGGACCCGAGCGGCCGCACGAAGGAACGUGAGGCGCUGGACGCUGAGCGCGUGCAAACUAACGCACGCGCCCUGUGCGCAGGGCUGGAGUCGCUGGCGGCUAAUCAUCAGCAGUUCUUCGCUGACGGGCGAAAGUGGGGCCGCUUCACAGUUUUGGACAACUCGGCUUGGUACCAGAGGCAGCAGCUGGUGGACUUCCUGGCGGCCGUGGGUGGCCACUUCCGUAUGGGCACGCUGCUUAGCCGGCUGAGCGUCCAGACGCGGCUUAAGAGCCCUGAUGGCAUGAGCUUGGCAGAAUUUUUAUACCAGGUGCUCCAAGCCUAUGACUUUUACUACCUGUUUCAGCAUUAUGGAUGCCGGGUCCAGUUGGGUGGGUCUGAUCAGCUGGGCAACAUCGUAUCCGGAUACGAGUUCAUCCACAAGCUGACUGGAAAAGAUGUAUUUGGAAUCACUGUCCCUCUAAUUACAAGCACAACUGGAGCAAAGUUGGGAAAAUCAGCUGGCAAUGCUGUUUGGCUAAACCGAGAUAAAACAUCUGCAUUUGAAUUGUAUCAGUUCUUUGUCAGGCAGCAAGAUGAUUCUGUAGAAAGGUACCUGAAGCUCUUCACUUUUCUACCUCUCUCAGAGAUUAACCACAUAAUGCAGCUACACGUCAGAGAGCCAGAAAAGCGGGAUCCUCAGAAGCGACUUGCUGCAGAAGUAACAAAACUUGUUCAUGGGCAAAAAGGGCUAGAAUCUGCUAAAAGGUGUACACAAGCCCUUUAUCAUAAUAGCAUAGAUGCACUGGAGGUCAUGUCUGAUGAAGAGUUAAAAGAGUUGUUUAAAGAAGCUUCAUUUUCUGAAUUGGUUCUUGACCCUGGAACAAGUGUCCUAGAAACUUGCCGCAAAGCAAAUGCCAUUCCAGAUGGACCCCGAGGAUAUCGGAUGAUAACUGAAGGUGGAGUCAGUAUAAAUCACAGACAAGUAACAAAUCCUGAGAGUGUUUUAAUUGUUGGACAACAUAUUCUCAAGAAUGGACUUUCACUACUUAAAAUUGGAAAAAGGAAUUUCUAUAUCAUAAAAUGGCUUCAGCUGUAA